CCUGUUGGCCUGUCUGUGACUACAGCGCUUGUUCAGUCAGAUCAGCUGCUCUGUGUUUCCUCUGUUAAAGUUAAUCUCCUAACUAACAUCCAUCAUGAGGGAAAUCGUGCACAUCCAGGCCGGCCAGUGCGGGAACCAAAUAGGUGCUAAGUUCUGGGAGGUGAUCAGCGAUGAGCACGGCAUUGACCCGACAGGAACGUACCAUGGCGACAGUGACCUGCAGCUGGACAGGAUCAGCGUGUACUACAAUGAAGCCUCGGGGGGGAAGUAUGUGCCCAGAGCCAUCCUCGUGGACCUAGAACCGGGCACCAUGGACUCCGUUCGCUCUGGACCUUUUGGGCAAAUCUUCAGACCUGACAACUUUGUCUUCGGUCAGAGUGGAGCUGGAAACAACUGGGCCAAAGGUCACUACACUGAGGGGGCGGAGCUUGUGGAUUCCGUCUUGGACGUUGUGAGGAAGGAGGCGGAGAGCUGCGAGUGUCUGCAGGGUUUCCAGCUCACGCACUCCCUGGGUGGAGGCACCGGCUCCGGCAUGGGAACCCUGCUCAUCAGUAAAAUCAGAGAGGAGUACCCCGACCGCAUUAUGAACACCUUCAGCGUGGUGCCUUCCCCCAAGGUGUCAGACACAGUGGUUGAGCCGUACAAUGCCACCCUGUCGGUCCACCAGUUGGUAGAAAACACAGAUGAGACCUACUGCAUUGACAAUGAAGCUCUCUACGACAUCUGCUUCCGCACUCUCAAACUCACCACGCCCACCUACGGAGACCUCAACCACCUGGUCUCAGCCACCAUGAGCGGCGUCACCACCUGCCUGCGUUUCCCCGGACAGCUGAACGCCGAUCUGAGGAAGCUGGCCGUCAACAUGGUCCCCUUCCCUCGUCUGCACUUCUUCAUGCCUGGCUUUGCCCCUCUGACAAGCCGGGGCAGCCAGCAGUACCGCGCCCUGACGGUCCCCGAGCUCACCCAGCAGGUGUUUGAUGCCAAGAACAUGAUGGCGGCCUGCGACCCUCGUCACGGCCGCUAUCUGACCGUGGCUGCCGUGUUCCGCGGCCGCAUGUCCAUGAAGGAGGUGGAUGAGCAGAUGCUGAAUGUCCAGAACAAGAACAGCAGCUACUUUGUGGAGUGGAUCCCAAAUAAUGUGAAGACGGCGGUCUGCGACAUCCCGCCGCGGGGCCUCAAGAUGGCCGUCACCUUCAUCGGCAACAGCACCGCCAUCCAGGAGCUGUUCAAGCGCAUCUCUGAGCAGUUCACCGCCAUGUUCCGCCGCAAAGCCUUCCUGCACUGGUACACGGGCGAGGGCAUGGACGAGAUGGAGUUCACCGAGGCCGAGAGCAACAUGAACGACCUGGUGUCAGAGUACCAGCAGUACCAGGACGCCACGGCCGAGGAGGAGGGCGAGUUCGAAGAGGAGGUGGAGGAGGAUGCCUAAACCAGACAAGAGCCAAGAAAACCAGAAAAUCUAAAAACAACCAAAAAAAAGUAAAACAUUUUUAAAGAUGUAGUGGGUUAAAGGAGGGCAGCGUCUGAAUCUGAUAAAGGAGGGAGAUGAAGGCAGGACGACAAAGAGAAUGAAAACAUGACCAAAUUAAUGUGCCAUGAUUUAUACUUUUAACAUCAUGUAGGCCCCUCAUGUAGGCACUUUAACAUUGGGAGUUGGGUCAUCUAGACCCACUAGACAGUGCUCUGAACCUUUUUUCUUCAAUGAUUUGUGAUCUUCACUGGUGUCCAUGGAUUACAUGAAAUCUUUCCACCUUUAUCCACCUUUGUCAUGGUAGGGAGAACACGUCAAUGUGAGGGUGGGGUCAUCUAAGAUAGCACAAUGGUUACGUACAAAACUAUUAACUCUUGCUGAAAAAAAUGCUCAAUUGUCUCUGUUUAACACUUUCCUUAAGUUUACAGUAACCUUUAACUAUAAAAUGUAGUAAACAUCGAUGGUGUCAGGAGUUUCUGUGAGUAAAUAAUCACAUUAAAAAAUGCACUACUUCUCACACAAACAAAAUCGACAGAAUGCCGUUUGGUAAACAGAUUGCGUCUACCAAACACUCAAAGUUCUGUUGGAUUUUCACCAUUUUCUUCCUGUCAACAUGAUUCAGGAAAACAAAUGCAUAAAACAAUGAUUUUUACAUUCGAGCUAUAUUAUGUUCCUGUGUGCCAUAUAAGGUGACAUGUUUCAUGGAUCAGUGGGGUUUUUGCCUUUUCUUUGGAUUUCAUUUGAUUUAAAGUAAAAUUUAAAAAACACAUUCAAAGUUCUUUUAAAUAUUGAAAACUUAUGUUUGCUAAGAUUUAGAUUUUUAAUCUUUUCCUACACCUCAGAAAAUUAAACUUCUUUCAAUUAACUGUGAAUUCAAAAUGCAGAUUCCUUAAUAUUGUCAAUAAAUUCAACAGAAAUAUGCUUCAACAACUUGAUUAUUAAUGCUUUUUUCCCCCUUUUGCUCGUGCUGUUGUGAGGUUAUGGUUAGAAAGAUGGAAACAGGGUCAUGUUUGCACAAAAGCUAGUAAAUAGAAAUCCUUUCACUCAAAGGACAAAUCAAAAAAAAUCUUUCUUAGUUGUUUCAUUUAAAACCCCACUUUUAUUCUACCUCUUUUUUGGUCAAAUUAGUAGUUAGAAUAACCAGAACUAACGGCUUAUUUAGUCAAAGCAAAUAUCAGUUUAACUUCAAGAGAUUCAGAGUUAAAGUCCACAUCUGCAGCUGUGGGGUUUUUGCUCAGACGCCAGCAAACGUGGUGAGGAAAUCCCUGCUUUCAGUUGGUCAAACCAUUGUGAAAACUUUAUUCUCUAUGACUGACUUUCAAAACAGAAAAACAGACUUUGCAUGGGAACAUCAGUGCUUUUGUUAGAUUGGUGUUUGUGUUUACUGCUACAUUUGCUAGAGCUCCGUUUGUCUUUGAAGCAAAUAUGCGAGUAAAUUCAAUAACUAUUAAAACCUGAGAUAACAUUAAUACUAACAUAUAAAUGUAAAAACAGUUUAACAUUAAAAGAGGCAUCUUUUUGAAUUUCAAUCUCUUGAUUUUUAGAAACAUCCACUAAUAAAGCACUUGAGUCUUUUAUAAAUCUUGUAAUUCAUUUCCAUUAUAACAGCAAACAUUUUGGCGCAAAUGUUUUUUUAAAAAAAAGGGGUCCUUGAACCAAAAAUGCAAACACCAUUUUAUAGUUGUUUUGUUUUAUGAAAUGUUUAUGUUUAACUGCAUUAUAUCAACCUGUGAAAUAUUUGCUCUGAGCCAAUUCAGUGUUAUAAUCUAAGAUUCUUUCAGGUCCUUUGUUUCCAUUCGCUUUUGUCAUUAAAGGAAUUCCAUUCCUGUGUAAGCAUUUUAUUUGUGCAUGAAACAUGAAAGAAAUAAAAGAGAAUUUGUAGAAAAGA